AUGUAUCUUGUACUUCUUUCUGAUGAUUUAUGUACUAAUAAUACAUAUGGUCCAGGAUGUUCACAGAUAUGUAACUGUGCCGUAGGUACAUCAUGUGACAUCUAUAGUGGAAUAUGUACAGGUGGAUGUCAGACUGGCUGGUCUGGGGACAACUGUCAAAUUCCAGAUGAAUGUGAAGACGGUUACUACGGAUCUCAAUGCUCUGAUAAAUGUCAUUGCUUGAAUGAUGAACCAUGUGGUAAAGAUACUGGACGGUGCCCUGAACAGAAGUGUGCUCUAGGAUACAAAGUACGCAGUGGCCAGGUCAAAUGUCAAGAGUGUGAAGUCGGUACCUUUGGUUUGGAUUGUCUUCAGCAAUGUCACUGUGCUCCAGAGGCUUGCGAGACGGAGAGGGGUCUUUGCAAGCGACAAUGCCAUGAAGGCUGGAUUGGACCGUACUGUCAAAGAAUAUCAAGAUCGGUUCCAGAGAGAGUGAACCCAUACCAACCAUCUAGCUUCACAUGUUAUGUUGAGGAUAUUCCACCUCCCGAUGCAUCCUCGGUCGAUCUUUAUAGACGUACUGGAAGCACCAAUAACAGGACAGGAAUCACCAGAACAUCUAGCACUGUCUCAGGGUCAGAACGAGCUGUUGUCUUUCAUGUUGAUAGCGUGUAUCCACAGGAAUAUGGUGGAUACGUUUGCAUUCUAUAUGUUGGAAACAUCGGCUAUCCCAGUACGCCCGUUACCAACGCAACCUAUGUUCUGCCAGUCAUUGAGAAAGCACCAGUGAUAGCGAGCACCACGUCAACUACAGUAGGUUUUCAAUGGAAUGCAUGGUCUGAAGAAGAUGACAUAGGUGAUCCUACUCUUGUAGGAUAUGUUUUUUUGGUAAAUCAGGAUGGUGACUGGGUAACGGAACAGAGAGUAGAUCAACUCACAACAUCAGCCAUCGUUAGUAACCUGACACCCGACACAGAUUACAUGUUCCGUAUAGCAGCAGUGAGGGAAGGAACCGGUGGAACAGGACCUGUGUCUCCUAGUAGCAAAGCAAUAACUCGCUGUAGAAAACCCAGUGCUUCUCCAACGGGACUACAAGUUUCAGCCAUUAACCUGAAAGAGCUAGAGGUGACAUGGGAGCACAUCCCCUCGGAAUCAGCAGAAUGCAGGAGUGGAGUGACUCAUUAUCUGAUCUACUACGCUGCCUCUGGUUCAACUUUGUUGAACUCUCUCAUGGUUCCUAAUGACACAAGCUCCUACACGAUAAGAGGGUUAGAUAUAUAUCUGGACUAUACCAUUCAAAUAACUGCAUCAAAUAAAGACGAAGAGAGUGAUAUGAGCAGGGAGACUAUCGGCAAAACAAUUGAAGAAGUUGCACCUAGUCCGAUCAACUUGGCUAUAUCACAAAGUACUAUAAGCUCCUUCACUGUAUCCUGGUCUACUCCUAUACCAUCUAACAUUAAUGGUAACAUCCAGAAGUAUAUCAUCCGCUACAAGCGAACUGAUGGUGGCUAUAAGAUGGAGGAAGUAUUGAAUGGUGCGUUUGAAGGAGAGUAUACUGUUAUAGACCUGAUAGCAGAAACCAUCUACUCAGUUCAGGUACGGACUGUUAAUGGAGCUGGUUUUAGUAAUUGGUCAGAACCUGUGAAUGCUAAGACUAUACAAUCAGGUGGCCCUUCCAGUGCAUCAGUUAGACUGAUAGUAGGGGGUUCCAUGGCUGCCCUCAUUAUCAUCAUCCUGGUCAUUGUUCUCGCCCUCGUCAUCUUUAGAAGGAAGAAACAAAGACGUUCAAAGGCCGAACCGUCGCCACCAAACAAUGCACGUGAGACAUCAUCAAAGCAUGAGAAUCGUGCAUUUGAUGACUCCAACCAAGACCCCAAUACUUACGAAGACCAAAAUACUGAUACACCAUACUACCAGAAUCUUACCGACCCCCAUACCUAUCAAGGUCUGAAGAAACCCACCAUUACCGUACCCUAUCCAGAUAUCAACAAAUCAGAUCUGGAAGACACUUACGAAGAAAUAUAGAAGCAAAUCAAGCGAGGCAGAGAGUUAUGGUGCCGACAGUGAUACAUCCUGGAUCAACAAUAAUGACCAUGUUAUGCAAUUAACAUAGUUGGCAAUAUUCAUCAUGAUGAUCAUACUUCCUUACUAAUGUCCAUAAUACGGAGAUAAUCUAUUUCAAUUAUUACAAGAAUUUAUAACAAAACUUGCUACUUUCAAAAUCUUAUAGAAAGAGUAAAUCAGUUAUGUCAUUUUUAUAUUAUUACUGGCUUGCAAAUAAAGGGAUGAAAGGGUAGAUUUAUGUCUUAAUUUUUCAAAUUAACAAAUAUUCACAAUGCACAGAUACCGCUUUUGAAUUAUUCACUACUAUUGCACAGGAAAUAUAUAUUUUUUAAUCUGUUUUUCUCUUGAGGUAGUGAAACGUUCGUCAUUGAUAAUUCAAAGCUCUCUUUUUAGAUUUUUGAGACGUGUAUAGAUAAUAAAAACUAUUUAGUUUUGGUAUUAUGUAAGACUAUAUAUUAUUCAGUAUUUAAUUGAAGGCCUAUUACCCACAAGCACAAUUGUCUUAGAGAUUUAGUAUAAUUUCUUUAAAACUAGUCGGUCACUCUUGUGCGUGAAUGUAAAAAUGCAUGAUAGACAGUUACAUAUAAAGUUGAGUUCUGGUCAUGCAAUUGCAUUUUAAGAGAAAAUGUAUGGAAUGGAUCAGAAAAUGUUA